UUCUCUCUCGAUGCCAUUUUGCCUUUUUCUUUCUCUCUCUACUGCAACACGGUUUUGACUCAGAAAUUUCAAUUUCAUUUUCCUUUAAUUUUUUAAAAUUUUAAAAUUAAUUUUUUUUUAAUUCGUAAAGUAAAAGAACAAAAAAUAAUUGAUCGGACUGAUCGACCAAUCAAAAAGCAAUUCACAGGGAGAGAAAACUAUACUCUCUCUCUCUCUCUCUCUCUCUCUCUAAGUUCGCUAUUCCGAUCCAUCAAGAGAGAAGCAAUCAUCAGAGAACAUUAUAUUCUGAGAUUCAUUAUUUCGUCAUCCCCAAUUUUGAAAUCUGAUAUAUAUAUAUAUAUAUAUAUUUAUAUAUAUGUGUGUGUAUGUGUGUAUAUAAAGAACCCUAAUUCGUUGAAUCUUCAACCCAAUGCAUUGGUCUUGGAGAAAGACCCAAAAGACCAAUUCAAUAGAAUCAUCAUCAUCAUCGGAGUUGUUGAUUUGGAGAGAGUAUUGCGGUGGUGGAUCUGAUGGUGAAAGUUUUGGGGGCGGUUUCGGAAGAGAAUUGCGGUGAUUCUAGGGUUUUUGAGGAGGGGCUGCAGAGGCGACGAUGCAGCUUCACUUCUCACCUAGUAUGAAAAGCAUAACGAUAUCGAGCAGCAAUGGGUUUAUUGACUUGAUGAAGAUCAAGGUCGCAGCUCGCCAUAUCUCUUACCGUACACUCUUCCACACCAUCCUCAUCCUUGCUUUUCUAUUGCCCUUUGUCUUCAUUCUCACCGCUCUCGUUACCCUUGAAGGUGUCAACAAGUGCUCCUCAUUCGAUUGUUUAGGUAGGCGGUUGGGACCGAGGCUUCUUGGUAGGGUUGAUGAUUCAGGGAGGCUGGUUAAUGACUUUUACAAAGUUCUCAAUCAAGUGGGCACUGACGAAAUUCCAGAUGGCCUAAAGCUACCAGAGUCAUUUAGUCAACUUGUUUCUGAAAUGAAAAACAACAAGUACAAUGCGAAGGACUUUGCUUUGAUCUUAAAGGGAAUGAUGGAGAGAUCUGAGAGGGAGAUCCGGGAAUCAAAAUUCUCUGAACUAAUGAACAAACACUUCGCCGCAAGUUCCAUUCCUAAAGGCAUCCACUGUCUCUCUCUGCGUUUGACGGAUGAGUAUUCUUCUAAUGCUCAUGCACGCAGACAGUUGCCCUCACCAGAAUUACUCCCUUCGCUUUCAAACAACUCAUAUUACCACUUUAUCUUGUCAACUGAUAACAUACUAGCUGCUGCAGUUGUGGUCACAUCUACUGUCCAGUCAUUUCUAAAGCCAGAAAAGGUAGUUUUCCAUGUCAUCACUGACAAGAAAACAUAUGCUGGCAUGCACUCAUGGUUUGCCCUAAAUCCCAUCUCACCAGCUAUUGUUGAAGUAAAAGGUGUUCAUCAGUUUGACUGGUUAACAAGAGAGAAUGUACCAGUUCUUGAAGCUGUAGAAAACCAUAAUGGGAUUAGAAAUUACUACCAUGGGAAUCAUAUUGCUGGGGCCAACCUCAGUGAGACUACUCCGCGAACAUUUGCUUCAAAAUUGCAGGCUAGAAGCCCAAAGUACAUUUCAUUACUCAACCAUCUUCGCAUAUAUUUACCAGAGCUAUUUCCAAACCUUGACAAGGUGGUAUUCUUAGAUGAUGAUGUUGUAGUUCAGCGUGAUCUUUCUCCACUCUGGGAAAUUGACCUUGGUGGAAAGGUUAAUGGAGCUGUAGAAACCUGCAACGGUGAAGAUGAGUGGGUAAUGUCUAAGCAUUUCAGGAACUACUUCAAUUUUUCACACCCCCUCAUAGCAAAGCAUUUGAACCCUGAUGAAUGUGCAUGGGCUUAUGGGAUGAACAUUUUUGACUUAUAUGCAUGGAGAAAUACGAAUAUAAGAGACACUUAUCAUGCCUGGCUGAAGGAGAAUCUGAAAUCAAACUUGGCAAUGUGGAAGCUGGGAACUCUACCACCAGCGUUGAUUGCAUUUAAAGGCCAUGUUAAGGCUAUCGACCCAUCUUGGCACAUGCUUGGAUUGGGCUAUCAGAACCAAACAAACAUCGAGAGUGUGAGAAACGCUGCUGUUAUUCACUACAAUGGCCAGUCAAAACCGUGGCUGCAGAUAGGCUUUGAGCAUCUGCGGCCAUUUUGGACCAAGUAUGUUAAUUACUCCAACGAUUUUAUUAGGAAUUGCCACAUCUUGGAGUAGUAGUAGUUCAACUAAACGAGAUUAAACAAGAAAGUUGGGAAAGAAUAUGAAAGCAAUAUGGGGCUUGCACAAGCUUCAUUCACACAUUGAGAGUUUUGUUGAUAUUCAUUUGACAAGGGAAACAGAAAAUUGGCCCAUAUGGUUCAGGGUCCAAAUUCUCUUCUGUCCACUCGUGUAGCUGCAUUGCUAGCAUGGGCAUGCAAGUCAUUCUUUCAGUCUGUAACAUAGCAAUCAAUCCAUGGUAUAUUUUUUUUUUUGGUCGGAAAAAAGGACAUUUUUUUGAUCUUCUUGAGGGGGGGUCUAGCCGAUUCUUAGUGCUUAGCAACUAGAAUAUGAAAUAAUGGGGAAUACACAUGAGGAAACAUACCCUAUGCAGAUAUGCCUUCAUCGAUACACAGGAGAAGGAAGUUAGGACCCAACUCUUUCGAGGAUCCCACAUUAGCCCCAGUAGCCUCGGAAAUGUAUUUGUUUUUUGUUUUUCAUAUUUUGUUUCAGUUUUUUUUUUUUUUUUUUUUUUUUUUGGGGAUUUUCAUAUGUUGAUCAUCGAUUUUAGGUGGUAGAUCUAUCUCUGUUACAGGUCCCAUUGAGUUGGGGAACUGUUCUUAGGUUAUAUAUUGUUAUUUGUUAUGUACGAUUCAUGAGAAACAUUUUAAAUGUGCAGAAAAUUCUUUUGACCAUUUUUUUGAUUUGCCGUUCAUCCAA